ACGUCUAAGUGGCCGCUACAUUCGGGCAAAGAAGUCGCCGCGCUUCGCCUGAGCGUGGUGGGAGCGCUGCUCGCGGCGGAGCUGGGCUCGUGCCGCGCGGCUCCUCACAAGAGUUGGGGGGGAGCUUGCCAGCCCGCUCGCCCGCCCCCAAACAAGCAUAGCCCCGGGGCUCGCACCGGCCCGAGGGGCAGGCGCCGCGGGGACACAGCACUUGAACCUGCGAGGACAGACAGAACGAGAGCGCGGGGCGGGAGAGGGGACCCGCAACCCGCCGCCCGGAGCGAUUGCUGUACUUCUUGAAUCCUAAAAAACGAGCAGCGGCUCUGAUUGAUUAUUUUUGUUGUUUUUGCAUUAUUAUUUUUGUGGGCGCCGCUUCGCCCGGCUGCUGGGGAGCGCCGCAAAAGUUUGCAGCCGCGGGGAGCGGAGUUGUUGCGGAGCGGGGAACCCCCCACCCGCCCGGGGCUGUGGACGAGGAAACGCCGGGACCGCCGCGGGGCCGGGGGACGCGCCCGCCGGCCCUCGUGGGAUGUGGCAGCGGCCCCCCGGGGCCGGGCACGCCGCCGCCGCCGCUCCCUCCUCCCGUGUGCUCGCGCGGGAGGGGGGGCCGGGGACCGCCGGAGACGCUCCUCCGAGCACCAGCGCCAGGCAGCCCCUUCCUCCUCCCCCCCCUCCUCCUCCUCCGCCCUCCUUUCCUCUUCGCAUUGUUGCCGCUCAACCCCAUGAACCGCGCUGCUCCGGCCAGAAGCGCCCAGUAAAGCGGCUUGGAUGAUUCGCGAUCUGAGCAAGAUGUAUCCUCAGACCCGGCACCCGGCUCCUCAUCAGCCUGCUCAACCCUUUAAAUUCACCAUUUCCGAAUCCUGCGAUCGGAUUAAGGAGGAGUUUCAGUUUUUGCAGGCUCAGUACCACAGUUUAAAGCUAGAAUGUGAAAAACUGGCCAGUGAGAAGACCGAGAUGCAGCGACACUAUGUUAUGUAUUAUGAGAUGUCCUAUGGGUUGAAUAUAGAGAUGCAUAAGCAGGCAGAAAUUGUCAAGAGACUGAAUGCUAUAUGUGCACAAGUCAUUCCCUUCUUAUCCCAAGAGCACCAGCAACAAGUGGUGCAGGCUGUGGAACGGGCCAAGCAAGUGACCAUGGCAGAACUGAACGCAAUCAUUGGGCAGCAACAACUCCAAGCCCAGCAUUUAUCACAUGGACAUGGUCUUCCAGUGCCUCUCACUCCACACCCUUCGGGCUUGCAGCCUCCAGCCAUCCCACCAAUUGGCAGCAGUGCUGGUCUCUUAGCUUUGUCCAGUGCACUGGGUGGGCAGUCCCACCUCCCAAUUAAAGAUGAAAAGAAGCAUCACGAAAACGAUCACCAAAGAGACAGAGACUCCAUAAAGAGCUCUUCUGUGUCUCCAUCAGCCAGUUUCAGAACAGCAGAGAAGCACAGAAACUCAACAGAUUACUCUUCAGAAAGUAAAAAGCAGAAAACAGAAGAGAAAGAAAUAGCAACUCGUUAUGACAGCGAUGGUGAAAAGAGUGAUGACAAUUUGGUGGUUGACGUCUCCAAUGAGGAUCCUUCUUCUCCACGAGGGAGCCCAGCACAUUCUCCAAGAGAGAAUGGCUUGGACAAGACCCGACUGCUCAAGAAAGAUGCACCAAUUAGCCCAGCUUCUAUUGCAUCUUCCAGCAGUACUCCUUCCUCCAAAUCCAAAGAACUUAGCCUUAAUGAGAAAUCCACUACUCCUGUGUCUAAAUCAAAUACCCCAACUCCACGGACUGAUGCUCCAACUCCAGGCAGCAAUUCUACUCCUGGAUUGAGGCCAGUGCCUGGAAAACCCCCAGGAGUUGACCCAUUGGCUCUCUUUUUCUUUCCCUCCGUAGCUUCAGGCUUAAGGACCCCCAUGGCAGUACCAUGUCCUUACCCUGCUCCAUUUGGAAUUGUGCCACAUGCUGGCAUGAAUGGUGAACUAACCAGUCCAGGAGCUGCGUAUGCUGGUCUACAUAACAUUUCCCCUCAAAUGAGUGCAGCAGCUGCAGCGGCAGCAGCAGCAGCAGCUUACGGAAGGUCUCCAGUGGUUGGUUUUGAUCCACAUCAUCACAUGCGAGUCCCAGGCAUCCCUCCCAGUCUGACAGGCAUCCCAGGAGGAAAACCGGCAUAUUCAUUUCAUGUAAGUGCAGAUGGCCAGAUGCAGCCUGUACCUUUCCCUCCUGAUGCCCUCAUUGGUCCAGGAAUCCCUCGACACGCUCGCCAAAUCAAUACUCUGAAUCAUGGAGAAGUAGUAUGUGCAGUUACCAUCAGCAACCCGACUAGACAUGUGUACACUGGUGGGAAGGGAUGUGUCAAAGUUUGGGAUAUCAGCCACCCUGGAAACAAGAGCCCUGUCUCUCAGCUGGACUGCCUGAACAGAGAUAACUACAUCCGUUCCUGCAGAUUACUCCCAGACGGCCGCACCCUGAUAGUUGGUGGGGAAGCCAGCACGUUAUCCAUUUGGGACUUGGCAGCUCCAACUCCACGUAUAAAAGCAGAGCUGACAUCCUCUGCCCCAGCCUGCUACGCUCUAGCUAUCAGCCCUGAUUCCAAAGUCUGCUUCUCCUGCUGUAGCGAUGGGAACAUUGCAGUGUGGGACCUGCACAACCAGACUUUAGUCAGGCAAUUCCAGGGCCACACAGAUGGAGCCAGCUGUAUUGACAUUUCUAAUGAUGGCACCAAACUCUGGACGGGAGGUUUGGACAAUACAGUCAGAUCCUGGGACCUCAGAGAAGGGAGACAGCUACAACAGCAUGACUUCACAUCACAGAUCUUCUCACUGGGCUAUUGUCCAACUGGUGAAUGGUUGGCAGUAGGAAUGGAGAACAGUAACGUUGAAGUUCUGCAUGUUACUAAACCAGACAAGUAUCAGCUACAUCUUCAUGAGAGCUGUGUGUUAUCGCUCAAAUUUGCUCACUGUGGCAAAUGGUUUGUAAGCACUGGAAAAGAUAAUCUUCUUAAUGCCUGGAGAACACCUUAUGGAGCCAGUAUAUUCCAGUCCAAAGAGUCCUCAUCUGUGCUUAGCUGUGAUAUCUCUGUGGAUGACAAAUACAUUGUCACUGGCUCUGGGGACAAGAAGGCAACAGUCUACGAAGUUAUUUAUUAAAGACAAAUCUGAAUGCAAAAAGGACUCCUCCUCAUAGCACUUUGCUGUAUAUUCCUUUUUUUCCCCCCUGCCCAAACUGAGGACCAUCACAGUUAUGGAGUUUAUUUUUUCCUCUCCUAAUUUGCAAUUCAAUUGUGAAUGCUCAUUAAGAACUUGUAAUACCAAAUCUUCAGAUAUCUACUUGGAAGAAGAUGGAAUAAGCAUACUUAACAGUGAACUGAAUCUUUAAUUAUGUAUUAUAGCUGUAAUAUAUUUAUUUUUGUUUAAAGAAGGCUUUCUAACAAUGAACUGACUAAAUAAAGCUGUCUGGCCCUGUCUUGGUUUGAAAGAGAGAAGUACAAUAACUUGCCUCAAACAAUCACCUUUAUCCCUUCUGGAUGCUUUGGCCACAUUUCUUUGAAAAGGGAGAUGUGUGUCUUUGGGCAAUUUAGCAGUUACAAGAGAUUAUGGGAAAUAUUUGAUAUAUUCAUUGGAAACCGCACAGAAAUAAGAAUGGAUUCCUACGCAUGUACAAACUACAAAAGCAAGGACCUCAGAGGUAGGAUUUACAAGAGCACUCAUUCUGAAGUACAGAAAAGAAUGGAUUUUCACUUGAGAGAAGGACUUGCUUUAUUUGCCACAAGUUCUAUCCACGGCUUAGUUGGAUGUCCCUGAAAUGGAUGCAGGCUGAGCCAUCAUGCCAGAGACGUUGUGUUAUCUUUUUAUGUUGUUGUUGUUGCUGUUAAACUAUGAUCUGUGAUUUUUUUUUUUUUUGAAUGCUUUAAAAAAAAUCUUUAAGUCUGUGGAUCUGCUGAUGUACAGUGCCUUUGCUGCUAUGGAUCAAAAUCAAAAGAACUGUGUAGAUAAAUCUUACUGUAUAAGUAGAAAAUUACUUAAUUUGAUACUAGAAAUGGAUUGAUGCUGCAAGUUAAAAUGGACUGUUCAUUGAAGUUCCAAAUGUGGUAGCAAAAAAUGGUGUCUUAAGUGCUUAGUGUUUGAUGUCAUUAACAGUUUCGUAAUACUCUACAGUGUAGAAAGAUUUUGAUACUAAACUGUGUCAUUGUACAUAGUUCUAAUGCAUUGUAUUGACCCACCAGUACUUCUAUAAUGGUAGAUUAUUGUUUGUGCAUUCAGACUUUUAAGCAUUAAACAUAAGUAACUUCUAA